GCAAACGACCCACCAUCGGAAAGAAUGGCGGUCGCUCCUGCUGAGAUCAAGCUCUUCGGCAAGUGGUCCUAUGAGGAUGUCGAGAUCAACGACAUCUCUCUCGAGGACUACAUCGGCGUCAAGUCCAAGCACGCCGUGUACGUUCCCCACACCGCGGGCCGCUACGCGCAGAAGCGCUUCCGCAAGGCGCAGUGCCCCAUCACUGAGCGCCUCGUGAACGCGCUCAUGAUGCACGGCCGCAACAACGGCAAGAAGCUCAUGGCCGUGCGCAUCGUCAAGCACGCCAUGGACAUCAUCCACCUCCUCUCCGACCAGAACCCCAUUCAGGUUAUCGUCGACGCCAUCAUCAACGCGGGCCCCCGUGAGGACGCCACCCGCGUCGGUUCCGCGGGUGUGAUUCGCCGCCAGGCCGUCGACAUCUCCCCCCUCCGCCGCGUCAACCAGGCCAUCUACCUCAUCACCACCGGCGCGCGCGAGGCUGCUUUCCGCAACGUGAAGACCAUUGCCGAGUGCCUUGCGGACGAGCUCAUCAACGCGGCGAAGGGCUCCUCCAACUCCUAUGCCAUCAAGAAGAAGGAUGAGCUCGAGCGUGUGGCCAAGGCCAACCGCUAAUCGACGUGUUGGAGACGAGGCGGGGGUGGUCGUCGGCUGACGUUAGGUCGGCUGACCUCCCCGCUCACUGGGGGUGUUUAUGGGUUUGGUAGUGGCUCUUUGAGCGUCGCGAGCGAGCUUGGCGGUGCGCAGGAAUGUGAUGACGUUCCCUUGUAAUGAAGUAAGCUCUCGGACGGCGGGUCCACUUUUUAAA